AUGGAGGGUAGCUGGGUUCGAGCUUUAAUGGUGGUCGGGUUCUUCUUCCCAUUGUUAGUUCAAGGUCGAAUUCGACACUACAAGUUUAAUGUGGUUACAAAGAACGCAAACCGUUUAUGCUCAAGCAAGCCGAUCGUGACAGUUAAUGGACGUUUCCCUGGACCUACUCUUUAUGCUCGAGAGGGUGAUAAUGUGCUUGUAAAAGUUGUCAACCUUGUCAAAUAUAACGUCUCCAUCCACUGGCAUGGAAUUCGACAACUACGUACAGGAUGGGCCGAUGGCCCAGCAUAUAUAACACAAUGCCCGAUCCAGCCCGGGCAGAACUUCGUGUAUAACUUCACCAUUACCGGGCAACGAGGCACACUUCUUUGGCAUGCUCAUAUUCUCUGGCUAAGAGCUACUGUCCAUGGUGCCAUUGUCAUCUUACCUAAACUUGGUGUUCCUUAUCCAUUUCCCAAACCCCAUAUGGAACAAGUCGUGAUUUUAGGUGAAUGGUGGAAAUCAGAUACCGAAGCAGUGAUCAACCAAGCGUUGAAGUCUGGCUUGGCGCCAAACAUCUCAGAUGCCCAUACCAUCAAUGGUCAUCCAGGACGAAUCCAUGGUUGUCAGACACAAGGAGGGUUUCAUUUGAGUGUUGAAAAAGGAAAAUCUUACAUGCUACGUAUAAUCAACGCUGCACUCAACGAAGAACUGUUCUUUAAGAUCGCCGGCCACCAGCUUACGGUGGUAGAAGUGGACGCCGUCUAUGUCAAACCAUUCAAAACCAGUACAAUAGUCAUCGCACCAGGUCAAACCACCAACGUCAUAAUCACCGCCGACAAGAACUCCGGUAAAUACUCAAUGAUUGCUUCCCCAUUCAUGGACUCCCCUAUUGCCGUUGACAACAAGACUGCCACCGCCAUCAUCCAUUACACCGGCACCCUUUCCUCUUCCCCUACCACCCUAGCCACCCCACCAGCGCAAAACGCCACCGCAGUAGCAAACAGCUUUAUAGAUUCCCUCCGUAGUUUGAAUUCCAAAAAGUAUCCAGCCAAAGUGCCAUUGAAAAUCGAUCACUCCUUGUAUUUCACAGUCGGUCUUGGCAUCAACCCAUGUCCGACAUGCAAAGCAGGUAAUGGAAGUCGAGUUGUGGCGGGUGUAAACAAUGUUACAUUCGUUAUGCCAACUACAGCUCUUCUUCAAGCACAUUACUUCAAAACGAAAGGAGUCUUCACUACCGAUUUUCCAUCUAACCCACCUACCGUUUUCAAUUAUACCGGAAGUACCCCGCCGGCGAACAUGGCUACAAGUAAUGGGACUAAGCUUUAUCGGGUAAAGUACAACUCUACUAUUCAAUUAGUGCUACAAGACACGAGUAUUAUUGCUGCGGAGAAUCACCCGAUUCAUCUUCAUGGGUUCAACUUCUUUGCUGUGGGUAAGGGAAUCGGGAAUUAUAACUCGAAGAAAGACCAGAAAAAGUUUAACCUUGUUGACCCUGUUGAGAGGAAUACGAUUGGUGUGCCUUCUGGUGGUUGGGUUGCUAUUCGAUUUCGAGCAGAUAAUCCAGGUGUUUGGUUCUUGCAUUGUCAUUUGGAAGUGCAUACAACUUGGGGUUUAAAAAUGGCGUUUCUGGUGGAGAAUGGGAAGGGGCCAAAUCAGUCGCUUUUGCCACCUCCAAAGGAUCUACCAAAAUGUUAG